GUGAAUUAAUCAAUGUCAUUUCAAAUGGACCAUCUAUAUCACUUAAAGAUAAUAUUUGUGCAGUAUUUGGUCAUACACAGUUAGAUAAUCUUGUUGAAUUGGAAGAAAUUCUCAUUAUUCCAGAAGAUAUUUGUGAAGAGUUCAAUAUAAAAUCUUCGUCUAUUGAACAUUCUAUCAAAAUAUCUGGAUAUGUGAGUAAACCUCCUGAUCCUUCUUCUACAAGUAUCACAUCUUCCCUUAUCAAUGAUUCAUCACCAUUAUCAUCGGCUAACCGACGUCGAACAUCAACAACUAUUGGUUAUUCUUCAUCGGAACGUCAAUUUAUUUAUAUUAAUGGACGACCGUGUGAUUUGCCGAAAAUCGCACGUCUGGCUACUGAUUUAUGGCGACGUUGUUCCAAAGAAGCUUAUUCAUCUAUAGCCGGUGGCAUAAGUUUACCUAAUCGAAGUACUGUUAAUACAUUUCCGGUACUGAUACUUUUGUUUACAAUGCCUACACAAUCUGUUGAUAUAAAUUUAACUCCGGACAAACGAACUUUAUUACUACAUCAUGAAAAUUAUGUAAUGGCUUUAACUAAAGCAACUUUAGUGAAAACUUUAUUUCAUUCAACUGGUAUGGAUAUUAGUAGGCUAUCACAAUCACGUAUUGAUUUUGACCAAUCACAAAUUAUCACUGGCUACGAUCGAUUGGAUGAGACAUCUCAAAUGAAUUGUGU